UCAAUCACCACCUUCCGGAGACACCUGAAACCCCACCUCUUUAAGGAAUACCUAGGAUAGGAUAAAGUAAUCCCUCUCACCCCCCCUCCCCCUGAAAAGAUUUAGAUGCACUACUGUUCCACUGGAGGUCAUAAGGUGAAUGCACCAAUUUGUAAGUCGCUCUGGAUAAGAGCGUCUGCUAAAUGACUUAAAUGUAUGUAAAUGUAAAAUGUAAAUGUGUUAAUAAGUGGUGGUGUCCCAUCCUUUCAGGUUGUUGACCUGAGGUAGGACUAAAUACAUUUAAAUAGUGGAGUAGUGUGGUGUUAUUUUUUUAUUUUAUACAUUUAUUUUUUGUGAGUUGUGUGAGAUGGUAUUUUUUUUUUUAAUUUUCAGGCAAAGUGUUAGGGAGUUGUACUCCAGUCUAGAAGGUGGCGGUCGGUAAUGCAACAUUUAUUGGAUGCCAACCGCUAUUAGACCUAAUGAUUGUUUCUAAAUGAUGUCUGAGUGUUGGUGUACCCCUGGCUAUCCGUAAAUUUAAAUAACAAGAAAUCUGUGCCAUCUGGUUGGUUUUUAAUAUAAGGAAUUUUAAAUUAUUUAUACUUGUACUUUUGAUACUUAAGUAUAUUUCAGCAAUUACAUUUACUUUUGAUACUUAAGUAUAUUUAAAAUCAAAUAAUUUUACUAAAGUAGUAUUUUACUGGUUAACUUUUUUACUUUUACUUGAGUCAUUUUCUAUUAAGGAAUCAUUACUUUUACUACAGUAUGACAAUUGAGUACUUUUUCCACCCCUGGUUGUUUGUUUCACCAAGUAUCAGGGUGUGUCAGCAUCAGUACAGUAUAUGGUGAUUGUGUGUUCUCAGCUCUGCUUCACUGGGUCAAGUUCUAAUCCUGGAUUCCCCUGGUCUGGGGGCCACUGACUCUAAAAUGAGUCUCCCUGAACCCAGCAUUCAAACAGAUGCUAGGAGCCCACUCUGUCAGGAGAGACCAGGGUCUCCUGUACCUGGCUGUGUGUCUAUGAAGAGUGAUGGGUCCAUGGGACACCCAAUCAACGUGAGAGAGGCUGCCCUCUCAACUGCUCAAAGGGUCUGUCAGGAGAGACCAGACUCACCUGUGCCCAGUUGUGUGUCUAUUAAGAGUGAUGGGUCCAUGGGACAGCCAAUCAACUUCAGAGAGGAUGUCCUCUCUACAGAACAAAGCUGUGUGUCUAUGAAGAGUGAUGGGUCCAUGGGACAGCCAAUCAACUUCAGAGAGGAUGUCCUCUCUACAGAACAAAGGGUCCAGCAGGAGAAACCAUACUCACCUAUGUCCAGCUGUGUGUCUAUGAAGAGUGAUGGGUCCAUGGGACAGCCAAUCAACUUCAGAGAGGAUGUCCUCUCUACAGAACAAAGGGUCCAGCAGGAGAAACCAUACUCGCCUAUGCCCAGCUGUGUGUCUAUGAAGAGUGAUGGGUCCAUGGGACAGCCAAUCAACUUCAGAGAAGGAGACAGAGACCAACAGGAAAUAUCAAAGUCAGAGACCCUGAAUGAUCAGUCUACCCAGAGUCAGCUAACAGACCUCUCCUCCAUAUUCAAGUUGCUUGAGCAACAUAUUAUCAGUUUUGUGAAAAGUGAGCUGAAGAGGUGGAAGAGGAUUCUGACUCCAGAUUACCCAGAAAGCUUUGACAGUCAGGAGGAAGAUCAGGAAGUGGUGGAUGCUGAACAUCAGGAGAGCAGUGCCAGAUCGGAGACUCUUAAUAUCACACUGCACAUCCUGAGGAACAUGAACCAGAAGGAACUUGCUGAUACACUUGAGAAAUACGAGCGUCAUGAUAGGUGCCAACAUAAGCUCAAAUCCAACCUGAGAAAAAAGUGUGAGCGUGUCUUUGAAGGAAUUGCUAAGCAGGGGAAACCUACAAUCUUAAAUAAGAUCUACACAGAGCUCUACAUCACAGAGGGCGGAAGUGGAGAAGUCAACAAAGAACAUGAGGUGAGACUGAUUGAGACAGCAUCCAGGAGACCAGUAGAGCAAGAGAUGCCAAUCAAAUGCAACGACAUCUUCAAACCCUUACCUGGACAAGACAAACCUAUCAGAACUGUGCUGACAAAGGGAGUCGCUGGCAUUGGAAAAACGAUCUCUGUGCAAAAGUUCAUUCUGGACUGGGCUGAAGGAAAAGCAAAUCAGGACACCCACUUCAUAUUUCCUCUUACUUUCCGGGAGCUGAAUUUGAUGAAGGUAGAAAAACACAGUUUGAUGGACCUCCUCAAUAAUUUUUUCAUGGAGACAAAAGAAUCAGGAAUGUCUAUCUCUGACAAGUACAAUGCUUUGUUUGUCUUGGACGGUUUGGAUGAGUGUCGACUCCCUCUAGACUUCCAGAACAAUGAGAGCUGUUUUGAUGUCACAGAGUCAACCUCAGUGGACGUGCUUCUAACAAACCUCAUCAAGGGGAAUCUGCUUCCGUCUGCUCUCCUCUGGAUAACCUCCCGACCAGCGGCAGCCAAUCAGAUCCCUCCUGAGUAUGUGGACCAGGUGACAGAGGUACGAGGGUUCAAUGACCCACAGAAGGAGGAGUACUUCAGGAAAAGAAUCAGCGAUGUGACCCUGGCCAACAAAAUCAUCACACACUUGAAGUCAUCAAGGAGCCUCUACAUCAUGUGCCACAUACCAGUGUUCUGUUGGAUUUCAGCCACUGUUCUACAAAGAUUGUUGGCUGGAGCAGAGAGUGGAGAGAUCCCCAAAACUCUGUCAAAAAUGUACAUGCACUUCAUAAUGUUCCAGAUAAAACAGAAGAAUCUGAAAUAUCAUGGCGACAAUGUCAUUGAUCCCCACUGGGAUAAAGAGAUUAUUCUGUCACUGGGAAAACUGGCAUAUGAGCAGCUGGAAACAGGCAACCUGAUCUUCUAUGAAGAGGACCUGACAGAGUGUGGCAUUGAUGUCAGAGAGGCAUCUGUGUACUCUGGAGUGUGCACUGAGGUCUUCAGGGAGGAGUUUGGGCUGCAUCAAGGGAAGGUUUAUUGCUUUGUGCAUCUGAGCAUCCAGGAAUGUCUUGCUGCUUUUUAUAGGUUUCUCUCUUUCAACGAUGACUUCAACACAACAAAACACAAUCAGCAGUCCAUCCCCAAGAAUCUGAAGAGGCGAGUCAAAAUAAUGCCUGCAAUUCACUUCUAUCAGGAUGCAGUGGAUAAGGCACUACAGAGUGAGAAUGGCCACCUGGAUCUUUUCCUCCGCUUCCUUCUUGGCCUCUCGCUGCUAUCAAAUCAGACUAUCUUUCGAGGCCUACUGAAAUGGACAGGAGGUCGCUCAAAGAUUGACACGGAAACAGUUGAGGUCAACAAGAAAACAAUUGAUUACAUCAAGGAGAAGAUCCGAGAGAAUGCCUCUUCAGAGAAGUGCAUCAAUCUGUUUCACUGUCUAAAUGAGAUGAAUGACCCAACCCUAGUGCAGGAGAUUCAGAGCUACCUGAGCUCAGGAAAUGUCUCAGGAGCCAAACUCUCACCUGCACAUUGGUCAGCUCUGGCCUUUGUGUUGCUGACUUCAGCAGAGGAGCUGGAUGUAUUUGACUUGAAGCAAUUUAGUGGAUCAGAUGAGGCUCUUCUGAGGCUGCUGCCAGUGGUUAAGGCAUCCAAAACAGCUCUGUUAAAUAAGUGUAGCCUCUCAGUUAUGUCCUGUGGAGCCCUUGCCUCAGCUCUCUGCUCAAGCUCCUCUAGUCUGAUAAAGCUGGACCUGAGUGACAAUGACCUCCAGGAUUCCGGAGUGGAGCUGCUCUCUACAGGCCUGGAUAAUCCACUAUGUAAACUGGAGACAUUGAGCCUGUCAGCCUGUGGAGUAACAGAGGAAGGCUGUGCUUCUCUGGCCUCAGCUCUGAGAUCAAACCCCUCUCAGCUGAGAGAGCUGGAUCUGAGCUACAAUAACCCAGGAGACUCAGGAGUGAAGCUGCUCUCUACUGUCCUAAAGAAUCCAAGUUGUAAACUGGAGACAUUAAGCCUGUCAGCCUGUGGCGUCACAGAGGAAGGCUGUGCUUCUCUGGCCUCAGCUCUGAGAUCAAACCCCUCUCAGCUGAGAGAGCUGGAUCUGAGCUACAAUAACCCAGGAGACUCAGGAGUGAAGCUCCUAUAUGCUGUACUGGAGGAUCCACACUGUAAACUGGAGAUCCUGAGGCUGUCAAACUGUGAUUUCACAAACAAAGAUUGUGCUUCUCCGACUUUAACUCUGAAGUCAAACCCCUCUCACCUGAGAGAGCUGGACCUGAGCUACAAUAACCCAGGAGACUCAGGAAUUAAGCUACUUUCUACUGUACUGGAGGAUUCUCACUGUAAACUGAAGACACUGAGACUGUCAAACUGUAGAAUCACAGAGAAAAGCUGUACUUCUCUGGCAUCAGCUCUGAGAUCUAACCCCUCACAUUUGAGAGAGCUGGAUUUGAGUGGGAAUAACCCAGGAGACUCAGGAGUGAAGCUGCUCUCUACUGUACUGGAGAAUCCACACUGUAAAGUGCAGACAUUGAGGCUAUCGUGCUGUAGAAUCUCAGAGGAUAGCUGUGCUUCUCUAGCUUCAGCUCUAAGGUCAAACCCUUCUCACUUGAGAGAGCUGGACCUGACUGACAAUGAACCAGGAGAUUCAGGAGUGAUGCUGCUCUCGGCUGUACUGGAGGAUCCACGCUGUAAACUGGAGACACUAAGUCUAUCAUGGUGUGUUGUCAAAGAAGGCGGCUUUGGUUUUCUGGCUUUAGCUCUGAUGUCAAACCCCUCACAUCUGAGAGAGCUGGACUUGAGCAAAAACACCUUAGGAGACUCUGCAGUGAUGAAGCUCUCUGCUGUACUGAAGGAUCCACAUUGUAAAUUGGAGAGACUUAGACUGUCACACUGUAGUGUCACACAGGAAGGCUGUACUUUUCUGGCUUCAGCUCUGAGGUCAAACCCCUCACACCUGAGAGAGCUGGAUCUAGACUGGAAUUCAGAAGUAAAAUUAGGAGUGAAGGAGCUCUCUGUGGUGCUGGAUGAUCCACUCUGUCGGUUGGAAACACUGAGGCUGGUAGCUUGUAGUGUCACAGAGGAAAGCUUUUGUUCUCUGGCUUCAGCUCUGAGGUCAAACCCCUCACACCUGAGAGAGCUGGACCUGCGCUACAAUUAUGAAAUGGCUUCAUCAGGAGUGAGGCAGCUCUCUGCUGUACUGGAAGAUCCACUCUGUAAAUUGGAGAUACUGAGACUCUGUCUCCAUCACUCUGAUUAUCAAGGGGAAGGCUUUUCUAAUCUGGCCUCAGCGCUGAGGUCAAACCCCUCACAUCUGAGAGAGCUGAAUGUGGCUGGUUACUCACAAGACUCUAGACUGAAGCUGUUCUCUGCUGCACUGAAGGAUCCACGCUGUAAACUGGAGAAACUGAUCUGUAGUGUCCCAGAGCAAGACUUCGCUUCUCUGGGUUCAGCUCUUAGAUCAAACCCUUCACACCUGAGAGAACUGGACCUGAAAUUCUCAGAAGACUCAAAUUUGAAGCCUCUCUUCUCUGUAGUAAAUAAUCCACUCUUUAAACUGGAGAAACUAAGGCUAUCAGGAUGUGACGUUGAAGAGAAAGGCUGUGCUUUGUUCUCAGCUCUGAGGUCAAUCCCCGUUUCCCACCUGAGAGAGCUGGACCUCAGCAACAAUAAACCAGGAGACUCUGGAGUGAUGCAGCUCUCUGCUCUACUGAAUGAUCCACGCUGUAAACUGGCAACACUGAAACUGUCACACUGUGGUCUUACAGAGGAAGGAUCUACAUCUUUGGCUUCAGCUCUGAGGUCAAACCCCUCCUACCUGAGAGAGCUGGACCUCAGCCAGAAUACACCAAUAGACUCAGGAGUGAAGCUGCUCUCUGCUGUACUAGAGGAUCCACGCUGCAAACUGGAGAAAUUAAGCUUGUUUAACUGUCGAAUUAAGGAGGAAGGUUGUGUUGCUUUGGCUUCAGCUCUGAGGUCAAACCCCUCACACCUGAGAGAGCUGGUCCUCAGCUUCAAUAACCUAGGAGUCUCAGGAGUGAAGCUGCUCUCUGCUGUACUGAAGCAUCCACUUUGUCAGCUGGAGAUACUGAAGCUUUUGGACUGUGCAAUCACAGAGGAAGGCUUUGCUUCUCUGGCUUCAGCUGUGAAGUCAACCCCCUCACGCAUGUGGCUGCUGGAGCUGAAUGGGAACGAUCCAGGAGACUCAGGAGUGAAAUUGUUCUCAGCUGUACUGAAGGAUCCACAAUGUAGACUGCCCAAACUGAUAGUGACUGGCUUGGAAGUACGACCCAGGAGCCUCAGCAGUGAUCAAAUGAACCUUCUGGAAUCGACAUGACUGAAAUUCCCCUUGAGUUCAAAUAUACAUUUCUGAUGUAUUGUAAAACGUGUGAAAUGUUUAGUAUACUUGUGCAGAUACUUUGUUCAAAUGUGGAACUAUUAGGCCUACUUAUGUCCCUACAUCUUGUAUUUGAUUUUUAAAAAUACAUAAAGUUCAACUAAGUUCACUAAA